AUGGGUAAAUUUCUAGUCAUGCACAAAUAUUUCGCUGUUUUUCUUGCACUAGUUGCUUGCCACCAUUCUCUUCUAACUCAUGGUAGGCAAAUAAAGCCGUUGAAGCAACAUUCCUCACUAAACAAAGGCACUGUAGCAUUAGUUUUAGAACCUACUUCCAAGUCUACCCUUCAACCACUUAAAGCUAGCGCUAAUGUUCCUACUCCUUCAUUAAAGAACGUGAACUCACCACCCAUGAUCCCAAAAUAUGCCACAGCAAGUUUUGAAGAUUCAGAUGAUUCUGGCAACAUAAAUGCCUUUCGACCCACUACACCAGGAGGCAGUCCUGGAGUUGGCCACCGAAUGAUUACAAAACAAGAUGUUGAAGUGUCUGUGACUGAGGGAACAACAAAAGAUUUCAAACCUACAGACCCAGGUCACAGCCCCGGCGUUGGCCAUUCUCACCAAAACAAAAUUGGACAGCCUAAUUAG